AUGUUAAAACGAUUAUUGAGUAGGCCGUUAACAAAAUGUCAUUUCAGUCAUGUCAGACGACUGAAAUAUGAAGAUUUACACAACCCGUCAACUCGAUCUAAUGGGAGAAUUCCAAUUAGGGAAUAUAUAAAAUGGUUGAAUAGGCCUUACAUAAUGGUCUGGGACGAUUUUUUCAAUUCAAAAACAUUAAAAAGCGAUGUAACGAUCUGUCAUGACAUAUUAGAGAAUCAUGGAGAGGGGAUCACAAAUUUUGAGCCAUUUUUUAGUGAAGCCAUGGCUAAAUGGUUAUGGACAACCUAUACGUUGAAUGACUACCCGUAUUUCGAUUUGAAUAUUGUAACUGUUUUCACGAAUCUGCCAAAGGCUUUAGACACAUGUAGUCACACAAUGAAAUUUUUUAAGGAUGUUUUGCAGAGUGAACAGUUUACAAGAAUCAAUUAUUUCAUGGUCCCUUUGUAUAGAAUGGAUGGACACAUAUCUGAGGAACAAUUGUUAUAUAGAAGAAUUCCGGGGAAAGUACAGAUCAUAAAUGAUAUCAAAGUAUCACCAUUUCAUGUAUUAGGUGUGAAAAACGAUCCUUCAAAUACCUUCUGGGUGCAAGACCCUGUGUAUAUUAUUCUUAUGGAUGAUAUUAUAAAGUAUAUGGCACAGGAUCAGAUUAGAAUCAAUUCCGAAGGUGUGCUAGAACAAGGAUAUUUAAGAUUUAAUUCAAGUGGAGAUUAUUUUAGAAAAGAAUAUCAUAAAGAAAUUGAUCCCUUAUGUUCACAGGCAAUAAAUAUUUUAGACAACACUAUUGACAGCACCACAGGGAUUGAACAAUAUAUACCUAGUCAGUUAAUCCAGUUAUUUGAAAUUAUUAGUUCGAUAAUACCUGAGUAUCGUAUAUUUGCAUUGGAUUUACAAAGAGACUCGUAUAAAGAUUAUACCAGUUGGUGGUUAAAGACCUGGUAUAACAAAUUGACUUAUUGGGGUAAUAGUCAUGACGAUUGCAUAACAGACCCAAAUGUUUUAUUAAUACCGGAGAAAGAAGAACAAUGGAAUCAUACCAUGUAUAAACGAAUGACAAACAAUGUGACAUCAAGAGAUUUAAUCUCCUUUACGACGAAUUUUAAACAAAUCAAGAAAAUAUGCUUGAAUUUUAAUCCCAAUAUUAAUGCUGUAAAAUUACAAUCACUAUAUCAAUUUAUGAAUCAGUGGUAUCAAGAUGAAUUCAAUGCUAUACCAGAUGCAUCUAUUUACUGGAAACAACUGAGGGGAAGCCAACUGAAACUUAUAAUGUAUCAUCUAGUGUAA